AUGCUCCCCCGGUGCAGGCCUACCACGCUUCGCGCCUGCGGCGUUUUCGCCAGACGGUCUUUGCCAGUCCUUUUCUCUUUCUCUUUUUCUUUCUCAUUCCCAAAGCAUCUUUGCCCACACCUCACCGGGAAGCACAACAGCCUUUUCUUUGCCCUCAUGAUGUCUACUUUUUUACUUCUCUUCGCCUUCUGA